CUUAAAAAAAAAAAAAAAAAGGCAGUUCCACAGGUGAUUCUAAUGUGUAGCCAGGGUUGAAAACCACUAUUCCAGAGUAUGAGGAGGAACUCUCUGCCAUUAGUAAGCAAUAUGCCUUUUUAUAUUGGGAGUUAUUUCUGUGAUCUGUACAAUCACUUUACCUCUCUUCCCCAUUACCUUGAAUCUGGGCUCUAGGUUCAAAUCUACCCCCAGUCACUUGGGUAGAUUAUAUAACCUUUAAGAUUAUUAAGUAUUAUAUGAGACCAUAUAUGCCAAGGAUUCAUCACAUUAUGUGAUACUGUGCUCAAUAAAUAAUAACUUUCAUUAGUUAUCCUCCACAGUCAGUGUUCUGCUUUGAGAAACAUAGCGGCAGAGUACUAAGAAAUCAGAACUGCCAUUUUCAGACCUAAUGAUGAUUGACUUUUGUCCUAUUUUUCCAUUUCUACACAAUUUACAUGAGGUUAAAUUGCCAUGUAAAAUAUUUUGGUGACAAUUAGUAAGAAUCUUUAUUGAAAACCUUAACCUGUUUUGUGGUGACAUAGAGUAAUAGUAAUACAAAACUUUUUGGUGUGUGUGACUUUGUCAUGCAUAAUACAAAGGAAUGCUGUGCCAGUUAGUAGCCCAGUUAGUGCCUAUAAAGGUUUUGAAAUUGGUGCUUAUGGGUUACUAUAACUGUUGAGCAGACUCAGUUUUUCUUGCCUCUAAAUACAGAUGGGAAAAACUAGUAAGGCAGUUAUGGUAAAACUGCUGCUGCUCCCAGCCCACCUCUUUUUUUUAAACCAAGGAGCUCUUUAGAGAAGUCUUCCUUUACUGAUUUGGAAAUAAAUCAUAGUACAAACUGAAUUAUCUGUAAUUCUGAUCAGUCUGAAAAGAUAUAGAUUCAUCCAUGUGUAUUUUUCAUAGACUUCACUUUUGAGUAGACGUUUAUAGUUGGAUAUUUUUGCUUUUUUUCCCUCCGUACUUCAAUGUAUCAUGUUAUAGUAUUACUCUUAUUUUGGGAAUCACUGUAUUCUCAUAUGACAUGAUUUGGCAAGUCAUUAUAGUGAUGUGACAAAGUAAGUUACCUUCCAUUUUCUACUACACAGGCAAGUUUUUGUUAGUUUGGGGGCAUAAUCAAAUUUUAGGGAUAUAAGGAUGUAAUAUAAUAAUUUGUCUAAACAAAGUCUGCUUUAAUGUGGUUUUCAAUAUUUAUUUAUUAUUUAUUUAUUUAUUUAUUUAUUUGGUAGGCUCCACACCUAACAUGAGCCCAGUGCAGGGCUUGAACUUAUUAUGACCCUGGGAUGAACACCUGAGCUGAGAUCAAGAGUCGGAUGCUUAACCGACUGAGUCACCCAGGCACCCUGCAAAUAUUUUUAUAUUGACUGCAAAUCAGACUUAUACUUUGUACUUCCAUCAUGAUCGGUUUUCUUUUUUGACAUUCUUCUGGAUGAGUUUAAUAAUUUUCUUCAUUGUUAGAUUUGCAAGUAGCAGUAUGGAACAAUAUGGCAGUUCCAACAGAGAGAUCUCUUAUACAGAAGCAUAUUUUGAGGAAAAGUGAUAUUUGAAGGAAGAGGGGAAUAAGUUCCUAUUAUUGCUUAAUAUUGAUGUACAUGUAAUUUAAAAGACUUGAGUUCACAUUUCAAUUAAAAGUAGAUUUUCUGUGUGUGUGUGUGAGAGAGAGAGAGAGAGAGAAAGAGAGAGAGGAAAGGGGGAGGGAGAGAGUCUUCUCAUUCUAUUAUGUAAUGAAGAUGAGGGGAAAAGUGAUUACUAGGUGGUGUAGGCCAGAUUGGUUAGUAUUUUAAAAUUACGAAGUUUUUUACCUCUCAGUAAAUUUGUGCAAAAUACAGUGAUCGUUGGUGAAGACUUUAACUUUUCAUAAUGAUAGUGCUAAAGGAUGUUAAUCUAAAAGUUAGAAUUUAAAUAUAGUUUUUAGGCCAGUAUUUUCCUAGCUGAUCUAUCACUAUAACUGACAUUAUUUGCUUCUGUCUCACUUCAUGCCCUCCUGUAUCACAAUCACUUGGGGCUUUCCUAGGCAUAAUCUUUGACUUCUAACUUAAGCCCUGUCAUAGAGCCAAGUUAUUUUGCUAAAGUUUGUUUCUAAUAAUGUUAUUCUCUUUUAAUUUCACUAAAUUAUUGUAUCUUCGUGUACUCUCUUCUGAGGUAUAAUCUUCCUACCAUCUCCACAAAUAAUUCCUCAUCCUUCAGCACCAGUUUUUACCAAUGGCUGUGGAACUCACUCUCUUUGCUUGUCUUCAUCUCAGAUUUGGACUGAGCAACAAAUUUGAAUCAGAAUUCCCUUCUUCAUUAACUGGAAAAGUAGCUCCUGAAGAAUUUAAAGCCAGCAUCAACAGAGUUAACAGUUGUCUUAAGAAGAACCUUCCUGUUAAUGUACGUUGGCUACUUUGUGGCUGCCUUUGUUGCUGCUGCACAUUAGGUUGCAGUAUGUGGCCAGUUAUUUGCCUCAGUAAAAGAACACGAAGAUCGAUUGAGAAGUUAUUAGAAUGGGAAAACAAUAGGUUAUACCACAAGCUGUGCUUGCACUGGAGACUGAGCAAAAGGAAAUGUGAAACGAAUAACAUGAUGGAAUAUGUCAUCCUCAUAGAAUUUUUACCAAAGACACCGAUUUUUCGACCAGAUUAGCAUUUACUUUAUUUAUAGAGACUUUCCAAGUAUGUUGUCUUUCCAAUGGUGCCUUGCUUGGUGCUCUCCUGGUGGUGACAUAACAUUGGUUCUACAGAAUCGUGUGGUGUUUUUUUCUGUUUUUGUUUUUUUAAAUAACCGCAUGUUCUAAGUGUGCAUUUUUGUCAAACUUUGCAAGUUAUUUCAUACAGAUGUUUAAUACUUAAGUUAUUGUGCUCUUUUCUGUUAUGUAUUCUGAUUUUCAAGGAUUACUUUUUUGUAUUAUCGAAAAAAUACAUUUGAACUUAGCAUAAAAAGUGGCCAGCCUUUUUUAUUUUUCACCAAGGUACACACAGUCCUUUAUUUAUUAAUUCCAUAAUAUAGAAGAACACUUUUGUAAGGUUCUACUUAUCUAUUCUAGCAAGCACACUCUUUGUAUUAUUUUUCUUCCUUUUAAAAUUUAAAAUAGUUAUUUUAAAACAAUAAGUUUUCUUUAAUAGCUUUUUGAACCUAACACAUCCCUUCCCAUACAAUUCCUAAUGCUCUGUUUACAGCAGAAAUAUCCCUAACAUUAUGAAAACCUAUCAAAAAAAAUUUGAAAGUAUUUCUGUCUUCAGAGGUAAUAAGGCAGGAUUAAAUUAUUUUUAUUAGAAUAGACAAAUAAUGAAUGGUAUGCAUGCACCUAAUGGUUACUAGAGCUCAGGAUCACAAAAUACGGUAGCAUUACAAUCUGUGUAUAUUUUUGAUCAAGAUGAUAAUAAUGGCCUUACUUGCGUUAUUUUUUAUUGUUUAUCAAAUCUUAUAUAGAAAAGUAUGGAAAUACUCCUUUAAAAAAUUUCUAAGGAAAAUAUUUCUCCCAAUCUAACAUAAUUGUAAAAUGGCUAUGUUUCUGAAAAGUUUUUGAAAGAAAGCAAAAGUUCUAGAACUAAAAGUAAACUGGUGUUUAAUAUCCCAUUGAUACUUAGAACAGAUUAUUACUAAGAAAUGGAGGACAUAUUUAGUACUGUUUUAAUCCACUUGUCCAGUUAUGUAUACUUUUUUGAUCGAGAAUGUGACAUAUAAGUUCAGAUUAGUUUGUUUCUUUUAACUAUACACAUACAUAUUUUUUUUUUCUUUCCUUUUGGUUGUACAUAUCUCCAUGUGUUUUAAAACUUUCUAAAUUUCUGAGUGGCCUAUGUGUAAAUUUCUGUUUUUAUAGACCUGGCAUUAUACAAGUUUUAAUGUGUGUCAAAAACUUGUUCCAUACAGCUGUGGUAUCUAGCAAUAAUGUGAAUAACUUUUGAAAUUAUAUAAACUAUGCUUACUAAUUUGUAUUAAGAAUUGGUACCACUAUACAAUAUCUUUUCUCCUUGUAUUAAAUCUUUUAAAUACCAGUUUCAUUAAUUUAUAUACCUGUAUUUUUUAAAAGUAUUUCUCUGUACUUCUCCAAAGUACUGUAAUUCUAUAUAAAUUUGAACAGUUGGAUUCUAAUAUCUUAUAUCCUAUAUCUUAUAUUGGACAUUAGGAACUAUCUUAAAAACUAGGGUGGUUUGGUUUUUUUUUUUUUUUUUACUUGAGAAUUAAUUGCUUCCAUUGCCCUCCAAAACACUUCGCAACUUGAAUUUAUGAACCACUUUUCCUACGAAGAGCUCAAAGUACAAAUAAUUCCAGUACUUCUCGCUUUAUUGACCUUGUGUCCAGGGUGUGUCCUACCACUUUCAAGUAGUGGAACUGAAAGGUAAUGCUAUUCAAAAACUAGUAUUCCUAUAUGGUUUCAGUGUGAAAGAUUAUUGUCUGGAGAAGGCCAACUGCCUCUGGAUUCUGAAAGAGCAGAAAAAUAUAACUGUAGACUCUGCAACACAGUGUCCUAAAUUCUGUAAAUUUGUAGGGUACCAUAUUGAUCAGCUUUAUAGGAACAACUGUAUCUAUUUAGGUAUAAUUUUUUUCUCCUAUUAUUAGUCUUCUGGAAAUUUCAAUUUAAAAAUCAUUCCCCAAAGAAUAUUGUAGCAGUAAGAUAAUUUUUGUAGUUGUUAGUAUUUAGGUAUAGGAAUCCUUUUAAAGCUUUUUUGAUUUUGAGAGGUAUGUCAGUUGCUCUAAGGGCCCCUAGAAAUGUACACUCUGACAUUUCUAAUGUAUAUGUAGAAAAGAACCAGGAAUGCCUAAUAUGUCGCAUUGCCAUUAGCCAGCUACGCCUUGAGCCGUUAGAUUUCCAUGUUUGGUCUUUUCUUUGUGGCCCCUAGUUAAGCCCUCUGGCUUAUCUUUUCUUGAUUCAUGAAUCUAAGUUCCCAUGUUACUGGAAAUUAGAAAUGUCAGAGAUGCCUAUGUUGUAUGAACAUUAGUCAAAGGAAGUAUUUAAAAUGAUAAUUGUUCUUCAGUUCCUGUUUUCUGACUUAAAGUUUGUGAGAUAUGAAGCGUAAGUAGUUUUAAAACUGGCCAAAGAAAGGUAUUAUUGGCAGAAAAUCUAGUAUAGAUUUUUACAGAGUACGUAUAGAAUUAUAUGUGUAGGAUUUACAUAGGCUAAGUGAAUAACUUAAUGAACUUUGUUUAUAUAUUACUGGCGUUUUACAGGUAGUCCAUCAUUCUUGUGGAGAAACAUUUAUUUGCAAAGCUUAUUUAUUUUAACACAUGACUAUUUUAUAUCUGGCUUAAAAUAUGUACUCUAGAAUCUAAAGACUAUAAGUAAAACUCAAGUGACACAUUUAGUUUCUAAGGCAGAUACUGGCCCUGCUCACAAGAGGUUCACCUUACUCAUAUAAAAAUGGUCAUAGAUGCUUUAUUAAGACUCUUUAAUUAAAGGCUAGGUUCCAUUAAUUUGAAAUAUAAACAUGUAAUUUUGGCUGAAACUCAAAACGUGUUCAAACUUUUAAUAGUAAGCAAUGAUUUUCUUUUCUUACUAGAGAAACUACUUUUAUAGUUGAACAAUUUUAAAUCAGGAAGAACUACAACUUUCUCCAUGGUUUUCGGUUUUAUUUGUAGACAACUUCUGAUUGCUUCUUUAUAUUAGUAGACACAGGCAAACUGUAUAAAACUUUGACAACAUUCCAAAUCAAUCUUGGGUUAUAAAAGAAUGAUAUUAAUAGUAACCUGUACAGCUGGACCCACAGUUGCAUGCAUUCAAACUACAAUAGUCUUAUGUAACAUUAUGUACGUAGACUGUUUUAACUUUUAUGGUAUUCUGCUUUGCAUUUAUAACCUUUAGCUGCAUGCCUGAUUUUCACUGUAAAUAUUUGCUUUGGUUUAAGUAUUGGUCAGUAGUACUAAAUCAGAAGUACAAUCUGUUUAAAACUGUCUUUGACUGAAUUCCAACAUCUAGUCCUGGACCCUCUUGUCUUCUCUAUCCUACUGAAGCAGUUUGGGUCCUUUUGCUGCCCUCUUGAUGUCCAGUCUUCAUCCAGACAGGGACAUAGUUCACAUUGCCUUUUGUCUUCCUUCCCCAGAGCUCACAGUACAAAUGGUAAUUCUUUUGCAUUCUUAGCUGGGUGUCUAGAAGGCCAAUUAAAGUGAGUUAGUCACAUUAAGUGAUUAAUGGGUGACACUCUCAAUUCUGUUAAGGUGGUACUUGCAUUUUAAAAGUUUCUUAACUUAAAUUUCCCACUGAUGCAGUGGUACAAUUGAUAUUUUCCUUUUCAACAGACCUUAUCAGUCCAGACGUUGCAGGGAGAGGAUAAUAGGACGGUUGCAUGUGGAGCUUCUCAAACCACCAUUUCUGAAGAAAGCUGAUUUAUAUCUAGUCUUAUGGCAGAAGGAAUAGGCUUAAGGCCAAUCCUAAACCAAACUACUAAUUAUCCCAUAAUAGUUGUGUUAAAUAUACUUUUAGAUAUAAUUGCCAACUUUCUUAUUUUUAGGAACAUACCUUUUAUAUUAAGUUGAAAUGUGAACAUACCUUUUAUAUUAAGUUGAAACUUGAGUUAUCAUCUUGUUCUGUACUUUUACAGAGCCUUUUUAGAUAGUAAUAUAAGAGAAGCCUAAAUAUUGUUUAUGUUUGUUAGUAGUCAUAAUUCUGUGUACUAGGGAGCAGUAUUCCCCUUCCUGCCAUCAUUGUGAAUUGAAACAACAGAGGUUGUUUGUAGCCUUAAUAGACAAUACUGAAGAUAGAAAUUUAGAAUGCUAAUCCUGAUUUUGAAGUUAUUUCUGAUGUUCUGCAAAAUUUUCAAAUUACUUGGCUUCUUUGCAUUUAUCUUUUUCCACAAAAGGAAGAUACUAUGACUACCUCAUAUUUAAAAAAAAUUUUUUUUUGCUAUUAUUUACUAAGGUCUAUAUAAGAAUAGAAGUGAAUGAGUAGCUUUUUGACUUAUUUACAUAGUCAGCAGAAACCUGAGUUACUAUCAAAUUUUGCAUUUAAAAUUAGAGAGUACUUCCUAUAUUUAUAGUAAUGAUUUGCAUGUUUAAAAAUCACAUAGACAUUAAAUACUUGAGAAAUAAUCUUCCUAAUAAGACCUUUUCAGAUAUAAUUACAGAUACCUAAGCAAAAUCAUGCCCGCUCCUUAAAUAGCAUUUCCUCUACUUCAUAAACAUGGUGCUGAAUUGGAGAGUUGGCUGCUUUUGCUUUUUUCUCUUUAUGAAAGAGAGUAUAUUGCUUUCUCAGCUCUUUAUCUCAGAAAUAUUUUAAUAAAUUAACCAUACUAGGCAUUCUUAAUUUUGGCAGAUAAGCCAGAAUUUUAUGUAUUUAUUUUUAAAGAGCAUCAACCAGCCUUUAAGAGAAGACAAGUAAUGGAUCAAUGUUUUGGCUACUGUAUUGGACCAUAAGACAUUCUCAAACUGCAGAUUUCCUCUCCUGUUCUCUCUCCUGCUGGUUUGUAAUUUAGUAUAACUGGUUCCAGUUCUUGACAUAAAUACUAUACGGAUUUAAAAUGUUCUAGAAGGAUUGAUUCUACUCCUUCAAGAAACCUUUUGCACUAAUAAAAGACCAACUCCUUUCUCUCCUAGUAGCAGCUUAUUUAGUUAGGUAAUUACAAUAAUCUCCUUGCAUUGCCAUGAAGUCUUCACAAAUAGGAGUUUGUUUUAACUGAAGUUAUCAAAGCUCUUUUAAAGUCUCUUAUUUCUUUUUACAUUUGUUGGAGCUAAUGAAUGACAUUUUGUCCUCUCAGAGGAGCUAAGUAUUAUGAAGCUGGCAGUGGAAGCAAGGUAGACAUUGGAAAGCAGUAUGCUGAAAUCUACCGUGUGAGAGAAAUAACUACAUUGUUAUCCUAUGCUUUGAUUUACAAGGGGCAAAAUUAUGCAAUUGCACACAGCUUUAUGCUUCCUUUUAUACUUUAUGUAUGACAAUGGAACUUAUUUUUUUUAAAGAAAGAAAAAAUAUUGUUCUAGAUAGUCUUCCUCUGCUAUCAUGUCCUUUGAGAAGAUAAUGGGAGGCUACUUUGAAUAAAGUAUUCUUUUAUUUAUCUUUUAUAAUGUAAGUGUGACAAUUUUUAAAAAACACUAAAGGAUUUUUGGAAUUUAUUCCUAUAUCCUUAAUAAGCAUGGAAUAAUUUUCAAAUAAAAUAAUCAGAAACUUA